AAUAAUAUUUGGAUGUUUUUCUAAAAGGUAUGCUAUGGGAAAUAUUUUGAAGAAGUUCUGUGGCUGUUAUCCAGGAGGUCAGACUAAAUGAUCAUAGUGGUCCCUUCUGGCCUUAGAAUCUAAGGCUCCAACACCUGGAUUUAGCAGGAGGGAAUGAAGGUAUUGGGAACAUAUGGUCAUUUUAGCAUCACAUUUCUAAAUGUUCAUUGCUGAGAAAGAGUACGUACGUGGCCUCAAUUGGGACUACUUUUCUAAAGGUCCCCUAAAACUCAGUGGUGGUGUGGAUGUAUCUCACAGUGAGAAUAUGCUCCAGCAAGACACUUACAGAAUCACAGUCACUAUGGUAACCAUCUUUUUUUCCCCCCUGUUUAUAGGUAUGACAGGUCCAUUGUCAGUAAAUCGAGCCAGACUGCACUAGACAUUGCUAAAUUUUGGGGGUAUAAGCAUAUAGCUAAUUUACUAGCAAAUGUUAAGGGUGGACAGAAGCCUUUUUUCCUGCCAAACGAUACAAUAGAGUAUGAAAAUUAUUUUAGCAGGACACUUCUGGAUAGAAGGAGUGAUAAAAGAACAGAUUCUAAAUGGUUAAACACAAAAUAAAACCAUCCAGCCACAGCAUACAUCCUUUUCUCAAAUUUAAACCCAUUGGUCACUUUGAGUGGAGGGGAAGAUGGUUCCCAGCAGCCUGAAGUCAGGCUUUGCGGGCUGUGCCACAAGGAUGUAAAGGAAUACAUGAGCCAGACUGAAAAUCACCUUGAUUUUUCUUGGAGUAGAACUUCAAUUGGCUACUCUGAAUGGAGGAAUUCUGAAGGAAGAAGAAGAUGGACUGGUUGCUUGGUUUGCCCUCAGCAUAGAUUCUACCUUUGCUGAACAGUUUAAACAGAAGCAUGAAGACUGUUCUUUUCUUCAUCCUCCAAUGCCUGCUCUGCUGCAGUUGCCUGAAAAAGGAAGCUGUAGUAGCAGCCCAGGCCAGAUCUGUUCUAGCAUGGCAUAACCGAUACCAAUUCUGUCCAACAUGUGGCAGUGCAACCAAGAUUGAAGAAGGAGGCUACAAGACGACCUGCUUAAAAGAAGACCGUCUCAGUCUUCAAAGUGUUCACAAUACAUCGUACCAAAGAGUUGAUCCUGUAGUGAUAAUGCAAGUCCUUCAUCCAGAUGGGAACCAGUGCCUUUUAGGCAGGAAGAGGAGGUUUCCUCCUGCCAUGUUUACCUGCCUUGCUGGAUUUGUAGAGCCUGGGGAAACAACAGAAGAUGCUGUUCGAAGAGAAGUAGAGGAGGAAAGUGUAGUCAAAAUUGGCCAUGUUCAGUAUGUCUCUUGUCAACCAUGGCCAAUGCCCUCCUCCCUAAUGAUUGGUUGCUUAGCUGUUGCAGUGUCUACAGAAAUUAGAGUCGACAAGAAUGAAAUAGAGGAUGCCCGUUGGGUCACUAGAGAACAGUUGUAG